AUGAGCGACGGCACCAAACUCAUCGCCGUCAUCGGAGACGAGGACACCGUCACGGGCUUCAUCCUCGCGGGCAUCGGCCACCGAACGGCCGAGGGAACCAACUUCCUCGUCGUCAAGUCCAGCACGCCGAUCUCCGCUAUUGAAGCCAGCUUCCGAUCGCUCUCGAAUCGCGACGACAUUGCCAUCAUCCUCAUUAACCAGCACGUUGCCGAGGAGAUCCGCCAUCUGCUCAACACGUACGAGAAGACCAUCCCCACGGUGCUGGAGAUCCCGAGCAAGGAUUCGCCCUAUGACCCUGCCAAGGACUACAUCAUGAAGCGCGUGAACCUCAUGCUCGGCGAGUCGUGA